AUGACAAAACCACAAACUCAAGAGAUGACCCUCCACUUGGUGGGAUUGGGAGUCACCCAUUCCAUCGCCUACAGCAUGCACAACUACAUUGCGAAAUCUCUCGGUCUCCCUUGGACAUUCUACUCUACGGAGUGCUCCACACUGGAAGACGUAGUCAAGCUUGCGAAGGCCCCAACAACCGCCGGCUUGGUCGUCACCAUGCCGUACAAAAACUCAGUCAUGAAACAUCUCGACGAAUUGGAUGAACUCGCCAGCAUGAUUGGAGCCUGUAAUAAUGUUCAUUAUUACAAAGAUGGUGACCAAAACCGUCGUCUGUGCGGUACAAACACCGACUGGCGAGGAAUCAAAGGGUGUCUCUUGGAAAAAGGCAACGAAACCGAGCGGCCAUCAGCGACCUCCCCAGCCACAGCUUUGAUCGUAGGAGCCGGAGGUGCCAGCCGGGCAGCUGCCUAUGCCCUAUCAACGCACCUCCACUGCCCGACGAUCUAUGUUUUGAAUCGCGAUGACCAAGAAGUGGCGGAUCUCAUCCGAGACACGCAGAAGCUGGCGAGUGUCCCGACAAUCAUUCAUGUGAAAAAACUCGAGCAAGCCAAAGACCUACCUACUCCUUAUUAUAUUGUUGGCACGGUGCCUGAUUUUGAGCCAAAGUCUGAGACUGAGGUUAUGGUAGCAUCUGUUUUGGAAUUCUUCCUUUCGCGACCUGAGAAAGGUGUUCUGUUGGAUAUGUGUUUCAAGCCACGGAGGACAAGAAUGAUUAAGUUGGGGGAGAGACUGGAGUGGCCAUGUGUUGAGGGGACACAUAUCAUCGGGUAUCAGAUUGAAGAGCAGUGGCGACUGUGGGCUGGAGAGGAGUAUGUUCAGAAAUUGGAUCGCCAGGGGGCGUGGGAUGUAUUGAUGAGGGCGGCGGAAGAAAGUCAAGCGAUCAACUUUUAG